CAGCUCUAAACAGUAGAGACUCAGGGUUAGUCCCAGAGUUUUGCUUGGCAUCGCUGGGAGAGGAGGUGCAUUGAGAGAGAGAGAGAGAGAGAGAGAGAAAAAGGUGUAGUCAGUGUGUCCCUGUCUUCCUCCAGCUAGCAGAGAGAGGACCCCUUCAUCUGAAAUAUAUUAAACUCUGGAGAGAAACCAUCCCACGGACUGACAGGCUUCUGGUUGCCCUUACCUCACAGGAGCACCCUCCUGAGUAGCUGGUAUUUACUGACAGUAGAGAGAGAGAGCACCCUCCUGACUAGCUGGUAUUUCCUGACAGUAGAGAGAGAGAGAGCACCCUCCUGACUAGCUGGUAUUUCCUGACAGUAGAGAGAGAGAGAGCACCCUCCUGACUAGCUGGUAUUUACUGACAGUAGAGAGAGAGAGCACCCUCCUGACUAGCUAGUAUUUACUGACAGUAGAGAGAGAGACAACCCUCCUGAGUAGCUGGUAUUUACUGACAGUAGAGAGAGAGAGAGAGAGAGCACCCUCCUGACUAGCUGGUAUUUACUGACAGAAGAGAGAGAGAGAGCACCCUCCUGAGUAGCUGGUAUUUACUGACAGAAGAGAGAGAGAGAGCACCCUCCUGACUAGCUAGUAUUUACUGACAGUAGAGAGAGAGAGAGCACCCUCCUGACUAGCUGGUAUUUACUGACAGUAGAGAGAGAGAGCACCCUCCUGACUAGCUAGUAUUUACUGACAGCAUACAUGCAGGAGCAACUCUCUAACCUUUCAUUCUACAACCUCCUGAAGGGAGGAGACGUUUCUCCCAUCUUCACCAGAAGUCUUUUCAGGAGUCAGAGUGGAGAGGGAAGACCUCAGACCAGAGCUUUAAGGACAUAAAGCAGACCGUACAGUAACAUCCAGUACCAUCCUCUAAGAGGCUCGACUGAAGAAGAGGUCUCAGAGGAGAAGAGUUCACAUUAAAACACAGGAAACACCUGAAAACGGUCCCAGGGUCACCUUCAAGAAACACAGACGUAACCCACACACACCACAGACACACAUUCCCACACACACACUCACAGGUACUUUACGGAACUCCCAAGUCCUCUUGAAGGACAACAAUCAACCAAUCGGCCAAUCAUUCAGCCAGUCGGCCAAUCAGGAUGUCUCGUUGGGGCCGUAAGGAUGUGAAGAAGACUCCUGAGGUGAUCAGGACGGUAACAGAGGGGCUAAAGUCUCUGUACCGUCAGAAGCUCCUCCCCCUGGAGCAGUACUACGGUUUCCAUGACUUCCACUCCCCCUCUCUGGAGGACGCAGACUUUGACAACAAACCCAUGGUACUGGUGGUGGGACAGUACUCCACUGGCAAGACUACGUUCAUCAAGUAUCUGUUGGAGCAGGAUAUUCCAGGAAGCAGGAUAGGACCAGAGCCGACCACCGACUGUUUCACAGCCAUCAUGCACGGCGAGGUGGAAGGGGUGAUCCCGGGCAACGCUCUCAUCGUUGACCCCAACAAACCUUUUCGCAAGCUCAACCCUUUCGGAAACACCUUCCUCAACAGGUUCCAGUGCGCCCAGCUGCCCAAUCAGGUCCUGGAGAGCAUCAGCAUCAUCGACACGCCGGGGAUCCUGUCAGGAGCGAAGCAGAGGGUGAGCCGAGGCUAUGACUUCCCAGCGGUGCUACGUUGGUUUGCGGAGCGCGUUGAUCGCAUCAUACUCCUGUUCGACGCCCACAAGUUGGAGAUCAGUGACGAGUUCUCCGAAGCCAUCGGAGCGCUGCGGGGUAACGAGGACAAACUGCGUGUGGUCCUGAACAAGGCUGACAUGGUGGGAACACAACAGCUGAUGAGAAUCUACGGAGCUCUAAUGUGGUCCCUGGGCAAGGUGUUCAACACCCCAGAGGUCUUGAGGGUGUAUAUCGGGUCGUUCUGGUCCGAGCCGCUGCUGGUCGCUGAUAACCGUCGUCUGUUUGAGCUGGAAGAGGAAGAUCUGUUUAGUGACAUCCAGAAUCUUCCUCAUAAUGCAGCCCUCAGGAAACUCAAUGACCUGGUGAAGAGGGCACGACUGGUCAGGGUGCAUGCCCACAUCAUCAGCUAUCUAAAGAAGGAGAUGCCAACCUUCAGGAAGGACAAAAUGAAGAAGAACCUGAUCUACCAACUUCCUGUCAUCUUCUCCAAGAUCCAGCUGCAGCACCACAUCUCUGCUGGGGACUUCCCUGACUGCGUCAAGAUGCAGGAGCAGCUGUUGAUCCAUGACUUCACUAAGUUCAAGCCCCUGAAGCCGUCCCUGAUGGCUGCUCUGGAUGAGCUGUUGGCGUCCGACAUCGCCAAGCUCAUGCCCCUGCUACGCCAAGAGGAGAUUGACGCGGGGGUGCAGCCAGGGGUGCAAGGGGGUGCCUUCCUGGGUACCCGCGCCGGGCCCUUUGUGGAGAAUGACCCAUUCAGAGAGGUGGAGAAUGGGGGGGAGGAUGGCGAGGAAGAGGGCGAGAUGUCCUGGGUAGUGACCAAGGACAAGCCCAAAUACGACGAGAUCUUCUACAACCUGGCGCCCAACGAGGGCAAGCUGAGUGGCACCAAGGCCAAGGACUGGAUGGUGAGCACCCGGCUGCCUAACUCCGUACUGGGGAGGAUCUGGAAGCUGUCGGAUGUGGACCGGGAUGGCAUGCUGGAUGACGAGGAGUUUGCGCUGGCCAGCCACCUGAUCGAGGUGAAGUUAGAGGGGCAUGGUCUGCCCCCUGAACUGCCCGCCCGUCUGGUGCCCCCCUCCAAGCGCAGAAUGAAAGGAUCGGAUAUAUAGAGAGACUUUUACAUCAACCCACCCUGUGGAGCUGACAGUAUAACCCCCUGACGGCUGACACACACGCUACUGCCCCCCUCCCCACAUUGUCCUCUUGUCUCCUUGUCUUUAUGUCUGUCAGCCCCUGGGUGUAUCUCGAUAGUCUUAGGUAAGCCCCUGGGUGUAUCUUGAUAGUCUAAGGUAAGCCCCUGGGUGUAUCUCGAUAGUCUUAGGUAAGCCCCUGGGUGUAUCUUGAUAGUCUAAGGUAAGCCCCUGGGUGUAUCUCGAUAGUCUAAGGUAAGCCCCUGGGUGUAUCUCGAUAGUCUAAGGUAAGCCCCUGGGUGUAUCUCGAUAGUCUAAGGUAGCUUCCUCUGGUCGUUUCAUCUCCGGUCUUCGAGAGGGAGACAGUAAGAAAAGGAGGGGGGGAGAUACUUUACACUAUUGAAAUGCACUCCAAUUUUGUCUUAUUGGAUCAUGUGUUUAGCUGAGCUGAGGUCAAAUAAAGACUAGUGGCCCACACUUCUCUACUUUAUUAUACUCUACUUCUCUAGUCUAUUAUACUCUAUUAUACUCUACUUCUCUACUUUAUUAUACUAUAUUAUACUCUACUUCUCUACUUUAUUAUACUAUAUUAUACUCUACUUCUCUACUCUAUUAUACUAUAUUAUACUCUACUUCUCUACUCUAUUAUACUAUAUUAUACUCUACUUCUCUACUCUAUUAUACUAUAUUAUACUCUACUUCUCUAUUAUACUAUAUUAUACUCUACUUCUCUACUUUAUUAUACUAUAUUAUACUCUACUUCUCUUCUCUACUUUAUUAUAUUAUAUUAUACUCUACUUCUCUACUUUAUUAUACUAUAUUAUACUCUACUUCUCUACUUUAUGAAACUAUAUUAUACUCUACUUCUCUACUCUAUUAUACUAUAUUAUACUCUACUUCUCUACUCUAUUAUACUAUAUUAUACUCUACUUCUCUACUCUAUUAUACUAUAUUAUACUCUACUUCUCUACUUUAUGAAACUAUAUUAUACUCUACUUCUCUACUCUAUUAUACUAUAUUAUACUCUACUUCUCUACUCUAUUAUACUAUAUUCUAAUCUACAAUACUCUACUGCUCUACUCUGCUGUACUCUACUCUAUUAUAUGCUACUGUACUAUACCGAUCUACUCUACUCUACUGCUCUGCUCUUCUCUACUCUAUUACACUCAACUACACUACACUCUAAUCUACUACUCUACUCUAAUACACUACUCCACUCUACUACACUCUACACUCUACUCUACUACUACACUACACUCUAAUCUACUACACUCUACUCUAAUACACUACUCCACUCUACUACACUCUACACUCUACUCAACUACUACACUCUACACUCUACUCAACUACUACACUCUACUCUACUACUACACUACACUCUACUACACUCUACUCUACCCCACUCCACUCUACUACACUACACUCUACUACACUCUACUCUAAUACACUACUCCACUCUACUACACUCUACACUCUACUCUACUACUACACUACACUCUACUACACUCUACCCCACUCCACUCUACUACACUCUGCCCCACUCUACUCUACUCCACUCUACACUCUACUAUACUAUACUACACUUUACUCUACUCUACUACAUUCUACUCCAUUCUACUCUACUCCACUCUACUACAUUCUACACUACUACAUUCUACUCUACUACAUUUUACUCGACUCUACUACAUUCUACACUACUACACUCUACGCUACUACAUUCUACUCUACUACACUCUACGCUACUACAUUCUACUCUACUACACUCUACACCACUACAUUCUACUCUACUACAUUCUACUCUACUACACUCUACUACAUUCUACACUACUACAUUCUACUCUACUACAUUCUACUCUACUACAUUCUACUCUACUACAUUCUACUCUACUACACUCUACUCUACUACAUUCUACACUACUACACUCUACGCUACUACAUUCUACUCUACUACAUUCUACUCUACUACAUUCUACUCUACUACAUUCUACUCUACUACACUCUACUCUACUACAUUCUACACUACAACACUCUACGCUACUACAUUCUACUCUACUACACUCUACACCACUACAUUCUACUCUACUACAUUCUACUCUACUACACUCUACUCUACUACAUUCUAUUCUACUACAUUCUACUCUACUACAUUCUACACUACUACACUCUACUCUACUACAUUCUACUCUACUACAUUCUACACUACUACAUUCUACACUACUACAUUCUACUCUACUACAUUCUACUCUACUACAUUCUACUGUGCUCUACACUCUGCUCUACUCUGAACACUACUUUCUCCAAACUAGCAGGUUAACCACACAUUCUCUUUCUAGACGUCUUGUAUAUGUUAUAUUCUCACACAGAUGUUAUGUCAGAAACGACAUUACAUUAUUAUAAAUCCUCACAAUCUCACAUCUACUGUUUAAUAACUCAACAUUCCUUGGAUGACUGGGUCCACAGUGGCAUCACUGACUGACACGUCUACUGUUAAUUACACACUGAUAUGAUUACCGGUAUACAUGUAUCUGACUUUACUCCAUACUAUAUUUGACUUGCUUUUACAUGGAGCUAUUUAGCAGGGAGUUUUUAAACAAAUCAAAACAGACAGAAAUACACACUAAUAUGAGUACACUAAUCUACACAUGUAUUUGAUAGACAGCUGUUGCUAUUAGCGACAGUAUGAAGCUUGUUUAGUCAUCUCUCUGUCUGUCUGUCUGUAGGGGACUGGUCUAACCAGUGACAUUACAGCAUUUCUAUAGUAUAGUUUUACAGUAACGUGCCAUCGUUUUACAGUAACGUGCCAUCGUUUUACAGUAACGUGCCAUAGUUUUACAGUAACGUGCCAUCGUUUUACAGUAACGUGCCAUAGUUUUACAGUAACGUGCCAUCGUUUUACAGUAACGUGCCAUCGUUUUACAGUAACGUGCCAUCGUUUUACAGUAACGUGCCAUCGUUUUACAGUAACGUGCCAUAGUUUUACAGUAACUUGCCAUAGUUUUACAGUAACUUGCCAUUUUUCCUCGUAUACUUUUUUCUUUCUCUCAUGGCAAAAAAGAAUACAUGUAUUUUUUGAUUCAUUAUAUAUAUUUUUUUGCUGUUGAUUUUGUAUGUACUAGACAAAGAACUGCCUUCGUUUGAAAUGAAUGUCACAUGCUAUGAGAACAGUGUUGUUCCCUAUAACAGUUUGGUUUGUUUAUCUAUUUUACUGACUACUGUACACAGCUAGCUUCACCAACUGCUACUUGUUGUAUUAUUACCAUUGCCUAAUAAACGGUAUGGACUGUG